AUGAUGUUCUGGAAAGUUGUGGCCGGCCUGUCAUUGAGUUUCGUGGCAGAAGCCGGCCAACUCAAUGCCGUUUCAAUAUCAGCCAUUGGUACAGACGGCCAGCCUGUCAUCUCCGGCUCUCCACUGCAAGCCAUUGACAUUGGCUUUCAGACUGUGAGCGCCGGAACUACAGAGGCCACCAUUGUUUUGCCAUCAGGGUUGAUUACGGUUAGUGGCAGUGACGCAGUCAACUUGACUUUCACAUCAGCUGGUGGCACAACGGUAACUUACACGACUACCACGGUGACCACGACUACGUACGAUUCGGACACAUCUGAUGCGAACGAAACAACUACUUCGACCACCCUGGUGCGACGCUUGGAAGCUCGUGGCCCGCGAAGGUUGGCCGGCACUUGUGAUGUGACGGGUGCCAGCAUCGCGUCCGAUGGUUUGAGUAUGACUCUGUUCCUCGAGGAUGCCUCAAGCCCAGGAAAUCCGUGUCCGGCAGGAUCAACGGUCUCCACGUCAGUCACAGCGGAUAGUGGUUUGCAGGCGUCUUUCAACAAUGCCCCUGCUGGGUCCAUCAGCUUUUCGGUGUCAUCGAACGUUGACCAGGUGACGGUGCCGGUUGUGCUCAGUCAAGACGGGAACGGAGGCUUCAGCGUGUCUGUGGUUGGAGACCCUAUCACGUGGUAUGGCGGCAAGAAGAUUAAGUUCUGGUUCCCCAACUACAAGCUCAUGCCAAUGCUGCAGACGCCCGAGAUGACUAUUUGGGCUAGCACUUUCGAGGGUCCGACCUUGGACUACCAGUGGUUCGAGCGCUUCGUUGUUACCACGCCAGGUGGUACUGAGCUCGUCGACAUCAAAGUCCGUCAUUCGGAUCCGGGCAUGAACAGGAGCCAUUUCAACCGAGGUGACUUCAGGCAGUUGGAUAUACGACUCCAGGGCGGCAGGAGCUUGCGUCGACAUUCCCAGAAGUUGUUCGGAUCUGCUGACGGGAAAGUGAAGAUCGGGGUGGGCGCUCGUGUCUACCAUCCUCCGCGAGUCCACUUCACUCCUUUGGUGGAAUUUGUGAUGGUCGAGAGCGACUCGAUUUCUUUCAUGGUCCAUGCCUCCCACGCUGGAGCAGAGUUCCCAGACGACAUCGGCAAGCAGGUCAAGUACACACACCUGGACUGGAUAAACCUGGAAAUGGUGCAGGCCAAGCGCUUUAAAGGUGUUCUUCCGCAGCUUUGGGGAACCAUCCCACGGACUCCAGAGGUUGAGGAGAUGCUUGUUGCGCCAAGCAAGCGCAGCCAGCAUGAGCUGAAGGAACCAACGAAGAUGUACCUUAGCCGUAUCAGGCCCAUGGCUUUCAAAGCAAAGCAGCCGUUGCAGUAUGCAUUUCAUUGUGAGUUCUCGCAGGUGGAAAUGGAGGAUCACGGCCACGGCCAGCAGGAGGAUGCGCUGGAUGGGUUUCCCGUGGAGGGAUUUCUCCGUUUCUUCCGCGAGCAGAGGACAGAGCUCAUACGGCAGUCAGGGCUGCAUCUCUUAGCGCCGAACCGCGCGAGAUUGAGCUCGGCGGCAGCCGCGGCUUGGAAGAAGCUGGGCCUGGACCGGCAGCAUCAGUACCAGAAGGAGGCGCUGGAGGUUCAUGCCAGCUCUUUCGACGGACUUGAGGGCAUUGCAUGUGACAGCGCCGACGAUGGACAGACAAUGGCUGGCAGGACUGCGGGUGACUGGGAUGUAGUCCUUGGCAUGCUUCGGUUGGGGCCAUACCCGCCCCCGCUGAUCGACAUCUCCGGCCCCGAGGAACUAUGGACAGACAAGUUCGACAGUGUUCCGAUCCUUGCCAGCGACCUGGAAUCAAGCGUCGCCUCACCGUUGGAUGACCCGUCGGAACCACGGUGCUUGGAGAUUUUAGAGGCAAAGCCCGAGUCUGUGCAGGAACACAUCAACGCCGUCCUGGGCUUCAACACCUUUCGCCGACUUGGGCAGGUGGUGCAAGAGGCAGCUCCCUCAGAGCUUGAGGCAGAGCGGCGCGAGGCGAGUGCACCCGCUGGACUGCAGGAGCUGCAUGAGCGGGCAUUGGAGGCCCUGAAGGCCGCAGUGCAGCGGCGGGCUGCAGAGGCCAUUGCCAGGGCGUGGGAUCGAGAGGAAAAGUAUGCUGAGACACCGGCGGCUGCGGGGGUGCCACAAGCAAGCCCGCAGCUUUCCGUGACGUCGGUGACGACUGGAACGCCCUCGUCUUCUCAGUCUGAGGUCGGCAGCAAUGGCGGAAUAGAGGAGGACACUGCAUGGGAGGACCAUGUCCAUUCGCAAAUUCGCUGGGCCGCAGAGGCAGCGAAGUUCCGUCAGGACGACUCCGCAGUACCCUGGGUGGAGGCACUUCGGGGAGUGGGCCCUCCGGGCCAGUUCGAGGUGAACACAGCUCAGGUUCGGGCUGCAGAAUACUUCCAGGAGCAGCAAAU